CUGACAUUUCUGCAUGGAUCUCGAUUGUUUUUAGUUUAUUUCAUUUCAAUUUCUUUACAACUAUUCCAGCACCAUUACCUAAUUACUAUUUGAUUUAUUUACUAAUGCUAUGACAAAUAUUGAGGCUUUAAGCCUCUAUCAAUAUGGUUUUAAACGCGGCUGUGCAGAUGCUGAGGGAGGCAGAUGAGUUAAAGGAAAAGAUAUUGAAAUUCAAAAGUGGAACAUCAAUGCUACAAGAACGCAGUCUUUGGGCUUCACAACAGCAACUACAAAAAGUGUAUCAAAAGGUGUUAGUGCUAGAUUUGGACUAUGCCCUGGACAAAAAAGUGGAGCAAGACCUGUGGAACAUUGGCUUCAAGCAGCAGAUUGAAGCACUGCAAGCCAUUAUUAAAGACCGAAAGAACCCACUCCGAAGCGAGGGUCAAGCGAUGCUGACAUGGGUCCUACAGGCAGCGGCUGGAUUUUACCUGUGCUUACUUCACCAAAUAUGUACCACGUUUAAGCUAGACUUGCCUUUUAGACGUCGCGCGUCCUUGCUGGGGCUGGUGGAGGGGUGGGGGGCGGAGCCCGGCGCCGCGCCCCCGCCCGCGGCCGCGCAGUACAUCUGCCAGCACUGCCUCGUGCACCUCGGCGACCUGGCGCGCUACAGGCAGCAGCUGCGCCAGGCUCACACCUUCUACAGACACGCGCUGAUGGUGUCGGCGCACUCGGGCCAGCCGUACAACCAGCUGGCGCUGGUGUGGUGGCGGCUGGGCGCGCGGCUGCGCGCGCUGUACUGGCACGUGCGCAGCGUGCUCGUGCGCGCGCCCUUCCCGCCCGCGCGCGCCAACCUCGCGCGCACGCUGCGCGCCGCCGCCGCCGCCGCCGCCGGCCAAACCAAAGACCUGCCCGUAUUACCCGGUUUAACAUCCCGGGAGGCGCAAUCGGCUGCGACUCCUCAGCGGCUGGACGCGGAGAGUUACGUCGCUGAGAUGAUCCGCGCCGUUCACCUGAUACACACGGUCGAGGAUUUAGACACGGCGACCGCUAUAGUGAACAAUCUAAACUCGUUCCUAACACCGCUAGUGGGCACUCAGAGCUUCGAACCUGACACACUGAUACAGAUGGCGUGCGUAUUAAUCUGGUUAGUACACUCGUGCACGGAGGAUUUGAAGCUGGAUACUGCGGAAUUGAGCGCGGACGAGGCGCGCGGCGCUGCGCUGGCGCAGAGCCUGUGCGCCAAUAGCGUGCUCGCGUUGGCGCUGUCCGCGUACAGCACGCCGUCUAAGAAGACCUACUUGGCUGCCUUGAAGGUGUGGGCGUCGUGGCUGACAGCUGCGCCCGCGGCGCUGCGCUGGCGGGCGUGGCGCGCGCCCGCGCUGUGGCCGGCGCUGGCGCGCGCCGCCUCCGCUGCGCGGGCGCACGCUCUGCGCGCCGACACGUAUGACACGGUGCCAUUGCCUGAAGAUGAGGAGCUAAACGGGUUCCUGCCACUGGAGGCGUCUUUCGAAGGUCUGCGGUUCGCCAACUACGCCUGCUGGGACACAUAUGGUGGCAAACUACCCGAUUUGGACUCGCAGAUUGAGGACAAGCCGCCGGAAGUGUCGUCAUUAUCGCUGAGCAGCGAGCCGGAGUUGGAACACCGCCUGCGCGCGCGCAGACUCGUGGCUCUCGCGAAGGAACUCGCGAGACUUCAGCCCGAUUGCCUCUCCUACACAGAAGAAAACGGCGAGCUUACAUUUACGGCUGCCACCGUGGGCGGGGAGCAACUGUCCGAAUCGUUAGCCGAGUUGUCUGUGGGCGAGCCCGGGGCGCGGGACAGCGACGAGGAGCCGCCGCCGCCCAUAGUGAUCUCCGAGGCGGACUUCCGCGAGAAAGUUCGCGAGAAACGCGUUGGUAUACUGAAACCACAGGGGUCGUUGGAACGAGCGAGGGAAGAACGGGCAUUGGCUUCUACACAAGAUGACCAGGAGCCGGAGGCUGGUGAAGAAUGCAACAAGAGUGAGGAUAAGAAGGAGAAGAAGCCUCGCGUCAACAUCGCAAUGGCGGCCAUCAUGAGGAAGCAGGAGGAGUCUAACAAACAGGUGAAAUUCGUGACGCCGCCGCCCACACCGGACUCGGCCGAAACCGAGACCAAAGAUGAGAAACCCAAAAUAAUACAACCAAAACCAAUAAAGUCCCUAGCUAACCUCCCUAUAGGCAGAAAAACCGGGGGAAUUCUCUCGCUGAAGGACAAGUCCGCCGGGUAUCCCCACCUUGUCAACACGGACCCGGAACCCAAGAAGGAGAAGGAGGAGAAGAGGGAACAAAAAACUACCAAUCCUACCAAUCCUCAGCAAAACUACCAACACCCGCCUCAGCAGGGUAAUUGGGCGCCGAAUAUGGCAACACAGACUUAUAACGAGCCGAGAAUGAACUUCCAGAAGAAUUAUGGAAUACAAAAUGCGGGGAUCAGUUAUAAUCCUAAUUAUCAGCCGCCAGGCGUCGGCAGCAACAUCAGACUGCCCGUUGUCAACCCGAAGGAGAUCGACGUGCGAACGGCCGCAUUACAAAAGCAGAGUUCCCGUCACGACAUGUUCCACGAUGUCCAGAAGUUCGGUCACAAUUAUCAAAUGUCCGGCGACAAAAAGAAUUUCCUCAACGACCUGCCGCCGAGAUUCGCGAACCAAUACAAGUACUGGCAGAACGCGCAAGAGAACGAGAAUAUAUUCCGCGAUGACAGUUUCAAGAAUCAAUCGCUGUUCAACACCCAGCAACCGAAUUGGUUGAACAACCAGCGGGAGUGCCAACCUACGUGGUGGAAACCCGACCAAUCGUUCAAUAAUGCGUACACAACGCCAUCUAUGAAUUUGCAGUCGAACUUUUAUACGCCUCCGCCGACGAAUAUCGGCUAUCAGAUGCCGAGUUUCAAUCAGAAUCAGGGUUUGGCGCAGAAUAAAGAUAUGAUUGGACCUAAUUAUAUGCAGUCGACGAUAGGUCAACCCCAACUCCAGACUCUACAGAACAUGGUGACGUCACCUUCCUUCAGCUCAUCCCUGAACAAUUUCAACUACCCCGCGGUGGGGUACGACGCCUCGAUGUACCCACAGUUCAACAAGAUGAGCUACCAGCCGCUGCCGGUCCCAAAAACCGGGUAUCCGGCAAACGAACCGGAUAGUCGGUUCGGCAAUAUGGAUAUGCAGAGGAAUAUCAACUUCAAUGACACUGCGAAUGAGCCGUUGAAGAGUAUGGACCAAAUCGGGGCUCGUCGCGACAUGACAGCGAGCAGUACCUACUCUUUGUUCAGCGGAGCGCCCGACACCGGCGCCUGGGGGAACGCGCACGCGCAUCCUCAACAGUCUCUAUGGUCAGGCCCGGGGCCCUCUCCGCUAGAACGACUCCUCGAACAACAGAAGCAGGUAAAGCCGCCGCCGCCGCAAUGAUGACGACCCAUCCUGACCCGGACCACUGUACUGUAGCUUAACUGUGAUCAAAUUGAUAGUUAUUGUAUAAUACAUAGAGAGGAUUGUUAUAAUGGUUUAAGCAUCUGCAAUUUUUUUAUGUUUCUGCAAGAAAUGAGGCGUUUUUAAAAUAUUCCCCGCCAAGCGAAGCGCAAGGGACCGUUUCUCGAAUCUUUUCGACCUUUUUUUUUAACUUUAUUUAUUUUUUCUUCUGGACACUUCUUGUCUUGUCCAACGUUACAAAAAUUAAGUCCCUCGAGCUCUUGGCUAGUACGAACCAUUUUGUAUUUGUCAUAGUUUUAACGAAAUUAUUUGGACAAAUAUGUUCACAGUAAUAACAUUAUGUUCUGACCGGGGAUCGAACCAGGGACCUUGUGCGCACAUUGAGCGCCACAGAACGCAACUUAACAAAUAAAAUUAUUAAGACCGUGAAACUAUUAAGCUAAAUUGUAUUGUUGGUGUCUAAUUUUGUGAAUAGUUAGACAUUACUAUUAGAAGGUGUACAUAUAAUCAACAGCAUAUUAAAUAGUGUAAUGGAUUGUUACGGGGGAAUUAUAGCUAGAGAUGGAACGGAUAGUAGUUGGGCUGGAUACCAGAUAUUUGGCCAACCACUUGGCCGGAUAGUCGGAUAUCCGGCCGCCGAAUAUCCGGUGGAACUUAGUCCUUUGAUGCGGCGCACGAACGAUUAGGUGGCCUCGGCUAGCUUCAGGUAUUUUUCUUGAUGAACGAAGUUAGCAAUUCUAUCAUUCAAUAUCUUAUUGUUGCCUGCUACCUCUCAAUACAGAUAAAUUGGUUUUUAUUCAUCAUAAUUUGCUUUUAAUAAAGUAUGAGUACUAAUUAAUUCAUUUUCUACUUUAAAUUAAAAUACUAAUAUUUCUUAAGACUAAGUAUAUAAAAUAAAUAAUUCAUUAUAAAUAUUUUUUUUCCAAAUACUUUUUCGCCGAUUCGGCCGGAUGCCUAUUCGUUCGAAUAUAUCCGGUAUUCGGCCGGAUAGUAUUAAGGCCGCCGGAUAGGCCACAUGACGGAUAUCCGUUUCAUUUCUAAUUAUUGCAUAAUUGAUAUUAUGAGUUAGAUAAAUUUUCUUCUUCUUAUGUAACUAUAAUUUAAUAUAUUUUUUUAAUGAAUCUGAAGUCAUACGCAGCCGGGAAAAAGAAGAUAUUUAUAUAGACAAACAACAAUUUCAUUCGUAAAUUUCCAGAAAUAAUGCUGCAUAUAAUCAAUUUAUUAAAGCGCUUUUGUUCUCUAUUACCAAAAAAAAAUACAUUGCAUCUCCAGCUACUCUCAUAUGUUUUAUUAAUUAUCUAUUUAAAAAUAACUUUGACCUCGGGAACUGCUACUGCAUACAAAGGUUUCACGGUUUGCUUGGCAAAGUAUUUUUAUAAAGAUAUUUCGUCAUAUUAAAUCUACCUAGUUCAUGUGCUGUUUGUUAUAUGUACAAUUUGUCAUAUAUAUAUAUGUCAUAUAUUGUAUAAAUUUGUAAGUAAAUAUACUUAAUAAGUCAAGUUUGUAAAGUUAUCUACGUAAACAAAAGAUUGUUUAAUAAUGCUUGUGAGAAUUAUGUUAUUGUAUCUUAUUUAUACGAGUAUAUAUCUUCUUGACGCUUCUUAAAUUACCGUGUUAUUAUUUUAAAUUUUAAAAGAUUUCCUCAAAAAUGAAAUGCCAAUAAUAUGAAACUUUUUAUGAAUUUUAAAGAACAACGUCACACUAUGACCUACUGUACGUAGUGAAAGACUUUUUUUAUUGAAAUUAAAUAGAACUUACUAUUGAGUGCAGUUGAUAUCUUGUGUUGCAGGAUUUAUUUGAAAUAUUAAAAAAUGAUUGUUUUAAGUUUUUUUCUUUCUUUUUUUCUUUCUCAUUUGUGCUAUAACGUAAGUAGUGAACUUAAAUUG